UUUCUGACGAAAAUUGGGAACGCGCAAUCCAGGCACACAAUGCGCUAUCGUUCCCUGCAGAGGAGGCACAUUGCGAGCAGGAUUUUGUGUUACGUCUUCCCCUUGUAACUGUUCCAAACAAGGCAGAAAGCCGCGCUUGGACGUGGAAUCACCAUAACCGAGGCGAAUGUAGUCCAGCUCAUAUAAUUCAACAAUAUACUAAUUAACUCAUGUACUAGUACAUACAUACGUGUCUAUCGCGCGCAUACAUUUAGAAAGGUUGAUGCACUAAAUUUACGGACCUCGUAUGUACAAGUUAUCCAAAGGCGUGCGUGAAGGAGUGAGCAUCAGUUAUACUACCAGAAAACCUUCAAAGAUAAGCGAAAGCCACAGCUGACAAUUUCAAAUGCCGUUUAUUUUAAAUGUUAAAAACUAUGUUGCAUACUCGAUGCAGUAGCAUUAUCAGUAUCCGAUUAUAUAAGAGGCCGUGCCCAGGCUCUCUCACUCUCCCUGAAAUGAAAGGUCAACAUCAUGGCUUGUUUACUCCAAGAGGGAUGAUCUCCUCAGAAAUUCAACUGACACGCUCUUCACUGGGUGCCGCACCUGCAGUCUCAACUUUCGUGCAGACAAUUACACAGGUCUGUGGAAACAAAAGGCUUCUCAACUUAACUGCACCUUCCAUUGACCCAAGUUCAUGCCCACACCUUGGAGAGUUAUUGUGUAAGAUUCAAAUACAGCAGCGUUGGAGCCUACGACAACUGAUGACAUGUCUGGCUUUGUUUUGUCCAUUGAAGGGGAGUUGAACUUCAUUGUCAAAGAGUACCUCGACUACCUGGGACUCCAUAGUGUGUCGAAGCACUUCGAAGAAGAAUGCCUGGCACGCAGCAAGCCGAUCCAGGAGAGCUUUGCUUCGUACAGAAAUGAGCGGACACAGAAAGUUCAGAAGGAACUGCUGAGCUAUUUUGAUGAAGGCAAGCAGGCUCAGUUUUUUGCCAUUUGGGACUCUGUCGUCUCGAGAAGCACAGCCAUCGCUGAGACCAUGUGUCAUGACCUGGAGUUUCACCUGCGGUUGCACUUUGCCGUCUACCCACUGCGCUACCCUGAGAAAGCCAAUCUUCAGGGCAGCAUGACUGUUGAGGGUGCCAUGUCCAACUUCCGUCAGUACAUAGAGUCCAUCAAGGCCCGCACUGAGGAUCCACUGGUGUACUUUGCCUUGCCUUAUGUCCAGAACCCAAGGCAGUUUCCUGUCUUCAAGCCAGUUUUUGAGGAAAGCUGGGUGAAUGAGCUCAAGACUAGGCUGGAGAAGUUUGUGCAAGAGUCUCUCUCAACUCAGUACCAGCAAAGAGCAAAGCCUCGUCUUAUGGAUCUUUAUUAUUGCAGCGAUGUUGAACUAAAUGACAUGCGAGAAGACUUUCGGCGCUGUGAGCAGAGAUUACAACAGUGUGACGAGCAGCGUGCAGCUCUGGAUAAACAGAUGUCUGAACUACAGGAUGACUACAAGACGCUUGUGUCUGUAACAACGGAACUGAUUACUGCCCUUGAAGCAACUGUCAGAGGAGAUAUGGUGAACUUGGAGAAUGUGCUGUUCUCAUGUGGGCAGCGGUUUCCUGAAUUAGUGAAGCUGCAGACUCCUCGUACGUCAUGUGGGUCGUCGACCUGUGAUGGCACUCAGGUGUUUGUUCUCAGAAGUGGACUCCACACUAGACGCACCAGGCUAGACUUCUCCAAGAUCAAGCAAGACCUGUCUGAGGCGAGUGCCAGCACACGAGCUCUUCUACUGCAGGCACUUCGAUGGAAAUUAACGAAGGCUUCUUCAGUCGAGGAGAGGGACUGUGUCCUGCUGGCGUAUGUUGACAAUGACCUGCUGGGCUUCUUCGAGAGGUCACCUGACUACUGCAACCGUAUCUUACAUAUAAUUAAAUCACCAAACUCAGGGUUGCAGCAGAGCUUUGUGAGGUUCUUGAAUACACUGGCUGCUUUUCGAUCAGGGCGCAAUUACUUGGCCAAGAAUCUCCAGCUUGUCGCGGUGCUUACAGACACACUUGUGUUUGACCGAGUCACAAACCCCAGAACACUGGACAUGAUUUUGGGGAUACUGCAAAAGCUGAGCCUAAGACGACAGCAGAAGGACAUUAUGAUCACCCAUGGCAUCUUGGAGUGGGUAGUACGCACCUUGCAAGAAAGUGAGGAGGUUGGGCUCUCAGAGUAUGGCCUUGAGUACAUCACUGCACUCUUCAUGAACCUGUGCCUCCAGAAAUCAGCAAAGCAACACUGCAGGAAAAUGAGCACCUCUGUGAUUGACAUUGUCAAGAAGCUGCUCGAACACAAGAAUGCAGAGAUUGUGCCUUACUUGAAUGGUGCACUGUACAGUCUGUUGUGCGAUACGGAAUUUCGUAGCAUCGCUGUUCAAAUGGGACUGGAAGCAAGCUUGCAGAAAGCAAAACUCCUCUCAUCACCCGAUGUGCGACAUCAGGUGGACCAAGUUUGUGAGAGACUCCUUUCCUCAGAUGCAAAUGUCGAUGACGGCAUUGUUGAUUCCCUGAGUGAAGAUGACGAGGAUGAUGAGGAUUCACAGGAAGAAUCGGAGCCGGAACCAGAACUCGACAUGGAUGACAUUGUGCAAGCAUUGCCCCACCAGAUGUACGGCGACCAGCUCUUGAAAGUGUUUUAUGAAGAAGAGAACCAGGACACUGUUUCGCAACGAGCAUUGACAGUAUCAAGUAGGCUAGAAGAGUCUUCCCCUGACCAAUCCUUAGAAGAGACUACAGUAAAUGCCCCAGAGACAUCCCAGUCCGAUGAAAUUGACUGCUCCCAGGCAACUCACACUGAAGCUGUUGAGUUUACAGCUCCCCCUGUUGACGAACAAGCCUCUGAGUUGGUGAAGCAGCUAACGGGUGAAGAAAAGACGGUCGUGGCAGCAGCUGGCCAGACUGCCCCACCCAGUGACAAAGUGAAUGGACUCAACAUGCAGGAGUACAGCAUAGCAUUCAGUUCAAGACCCAAGAUUCCACGCACACCCGAGCCCAGCGUUGGUGGCACCUCAAGUAGAGUGGACUCCACACCGACCAGCUCGCAGUCCUUGCGGAGGAGCCCUGCCAGCACCUCAUCCAGAGGCAACACUUCCUCAGUCCGUCCAGCACACAGCACAGAGCAAGGUCACAAAUGAACAGCAUUCCUAGAAAAAUAUCCUGCUGACUAUACAUUCCAGUUGACUUCAAGAGAGAGAGAGAAAAGAAAAUAACUAUUUUCAUCUUUAUGUUAAACCAUUGUAUGUACUGUUCAAUAAAGCUCGUGUACAGUUUA